AUGGCGGCGAUCGCGAGCGUGGACGAAGUCCAACGCGUCGUGCAUCACGUCUUUCUCCCUCCCAAGCUGCCACAGCAAGCCGAUGAGGAGAGCGAGAUCUUACUCAUCAACACCGCUUUCGAGGCACUCAGCGACCUACAAACUCUGCUUAUGCCAGAGCAAACACCAGAGCCACUGGGGAAUGUCACCAGCCUCCUUCUCAACACCAAAACAGUCAACGCUUUGCCUGGUGGGACAGUUGACGAAGUUCACCUCUCGAAGACCUUGAAGUCCCUCCCAAUUGAACAGACUUUGGCCGUCAACGUUAGCAGUCAAAAUGCCGCAGUUCUCAUUACUCGAAGACCGGACGAGCUUGUCUUUGAGGUGUUCGAGCUGUCCCCUACCAGCGGUCAUGUCAUACAGACCGAAGGCAGGCUCAUUCGCACCUUCCCUGGACUAGCUGUCGAGGUGCCCGCCAAGUUGCUCGACGAGCCCGACUUUUCCAAGAUGAUAACAAGUACUCUAUCGACCAUGUGCCAUCAGCAAGAGCCAGGCAUGCAGCCCAAGUCGACGAAAUCUGGAGUCCUCCACGAUGAGACUCGUGACACCACCGACCCAGCCAUGGUCUCCGAGCUGUUUUUUGGGGUGCUACGGGGUAUCGGCUCUCCCACCUCGGUCUCGUCGGUUUCAAAGAAUACUCGCGACGAGGUCUUUUGGAAGCAAGCGGAGGCGCCAUGGCGCCGGUCCCCAAUGUGGCUGUUGAUUCGAGUUUCCAUGCAACUCGUCGUCAUGCGAUCAUCUGCUGGCUCGCACGCCCUUUACAAAGAGAUCAUGGUAUUCAUCAUGAGCAGGAUUUUGAAAUCAGCGAACCGCCACGGCCUCCCUCCGGAUCUGAUCCACUGCAUGGCAGCCAAAAUUGACCGGCGACUGCAAAAGCUCUCUAGAGCUGGACCUCGGGUACUUCACGAGUGCAUCAUGGCAAGCAUUCACAGCACACUCCAGCAGUCGUUGGAAUAUCUUUCCAGGACCUGGAACUCUUGUCAGCGACUCGACUCGCGAGACCCGCAGCUGCCGACCCUUUCAAAGUUGAACUUCGAGCGAGACACACGAGUGAAGCUCCCUGCCCUUGAAAAACACAUCGAAGACAUACAGGGGCGUCAGCGCGAUACCAUAUCUCCUCGAUUCACGCCUUCCUCGCUACUCUCAAGACACAUGCCAACCUCUCUGCCAAGUCUAGACGACAGCCACUUCGAUGACCAAUAUGCCGUUGCGAAUCUCAUUCAGUUCGAGCGGUGGGUGGCAGACAACCUGACCGCCUGGUUGGCGUCCAAUGAACACGAAUAUGUGUGCGGGAGGUUGCACGACCUUAUGGUUCAGUACCUACGUCUUGCCCGAACGCACUAUGACGGAAACCCCGAGGCAACAUCUGUCAUGGUAUUGACCAUGUUUGAGCUGUGGGUGGCAUGUGACAAGGCGGCUCUUCGACAGUGCCCAUUGUUGAGCGAGUACGACCCUGGCAUCCCGACCGAUGCCCUCCACAAUCUGAUCCUGCCGUUCUUCGACCAGAUGAACACACUCCACAACUUGGAGGAUUACAUUCACACACGACAGAAACUCACAAUCAUGACGACCGAUCUUUUGUUCUCCUCAGCCUGUGAGGGUAGCUUUUCUAUCCAGUAUUUUGACGAGUCCGAAAACCAUCAAGCACUACUUUCACGUAUUGAGCGCGACGCCGCAGCAGACCGUCAACAGAAGUUGACUGAGCUCAGGCAGAAGAAAGAUGAGUAUGCUCGACUCUACAAUCUUUACAACGAAAUGGGCCAUCAGAACAUCUGGAAGGUCAUUGACCCUUGGCUUGGCCUACAAGAAGUGCACGACCCCAAGUGCCAGGCAUGUUCUUAUAGUCGCCAGAUGGAAGCUAUGGAGAUCGAGAUCCAUGAGUGGCCACUCCCAGACAACCCCCUGCAAGCCAAGGCCGUUGUAUUUGAGCUGGAUAUACCGCUGUGGUUCGCAAAUUGGAGGAAUGCGCGAUCAAUACUUCUCCAAGACCUUCUCCGAGGCGAGACCAAGAAGGUUAGACCUUCCACGACGUUCCUUCUCUCAAGGAAUGAUCCGCACCUUUCACGGAGGCAUUCCGGAAUGAAUACCAACCCGCGGUUCGACCUGUUAUCUCAGACCAAGCCGGCAGUCUGUUCACACUGGAAAAAGAAGAAGAUCACAAAUCAGCUGCAAGAAUCCGAAGUGUGCGUCCCAAACGGACUGAACUAUCAUUACUACGACACUCGCAACGAUGAGUACCCAGGCAACUUGACUUUUUCCGAUGCCGUUCCUCGGAAUUGCACAUAUAUGGUGCAGUCACAGUCCUUGCAGCAAUUCCUCUUCCGUCCUGUCUUUGCUGUGGACGGCCCCGGGCCGAACACGGUCAUCGCCAGUCAAGAUGCGUGUCCCCAGAAUAUGACAAUCGAAGAAUUCAGAGAACUUGGUACACUCCCGCUAGGCCAUAGAAUCCAGUGGGCAAACAUCAUGGUUCAGCUUGCCAUGCCAAAUCUAGAUUUCAAGAAGGCGGAAACGACUUCAUUCAUCCUUCAGUGUAUCUACCAAGCUGGUGCAAGAUUGGAGGAGACACCUUCAAGCGGAUGUAGCAACAAUGACCGCCCAGCAGUUCUCCGCAGCUCUCAUGAUUUCUUCAAUUCCAAAGGCAACGCCUUGUCUCUCUUGGAGAACCUGACCAAAGCGUUGCAGCGGGUCAAUGGCAACUGGGAAUCCUCACAGGCUGUUUUUGUGUUCGCUGCCAUCGCAGCUCGCGCACUGUCUCUGAGCACUUGCACUGACGUGCAGAAGGCCUGUCUUGAAUUUCUGUCCAGCGCCCGCAGUAUCGCCAUGGGUUGGGUGAACAGCCUGAGAGAGAAAGCAUUUGAAGCUGACGAUCACGACGAGAAGUCUUUCUUCACAGCCAAGAGUGUUGAAUUGGCAUUAAUAUGCACGUCGACUUUCGACAUUGACGACCAACAUUUCGAAGUGGUCUUCGCAGAGGAAAGCAAUGCCUCGAUUCUCGUGCAGUCCUCUAUGGUCGUUCUGGAAGGAGAACGCACUCUUACCUCCGACCAGGGGUCACUUCUUUCCAUCCUGGCCAUGCGCCGCAAGCGACUCUUGUGUCGUGCUUGGAAAACCCUCGCGCGCUACCCAACCGAGCUUGACGAUGCGAUAGGAAAUUGGUGGUCGGCAUACAUUCCAGGCUCGAAUUGGCAGGCGGCGUCCGAGACAGCUGAUCACUGGAUGACUACGGAUACGCUUGGCAUGACCGUACACUACAACCUGCUCACCGGCGAGCUCCUGGUGAAUGGCCUACCGCUGGAUCAGCCACCAAGAGAAUAUCGCACCCACCCUCAGUACAAGACAUUUUUCGGACAGGCCGUCGUCGAAAUCAUGCCAUCCACAACACCUGGGUUUCAGUUCUCCACCAAGCGCAAAUUUGGGGGAUAUUCGGUGCAACUGGGCAUGGCAGAUGGCGAGCUCAUUGUCAGAGCCACAGAUGGCAAGACUACAUAUGAGACCAUACCAAGCAGCCUUUUCCGAAACGCCUAUCCGACUUCAUUCGUUGAAGAGUACGUUCACUGGCUGAAUGUUGCGACCAACACCGUGCUAUUCAGCCCAGUCGAAGCGCCAUGGGUCUCGUCUUCAGACAGAGUGUGGACCUUGUCGCGAUAUGAGACACACUGGCGGCUCUCGAGAUCCCAGUCUGAUCACGUCGUUUGCAUCGGCAGUUUGACGUCACAGGCAGUAUCUCAUGUGCUGGACCCUCUGGCCGGCGAAUGCCAAAUCCACAGCAUCCUGCGGCCAUCUCGCGAAAAGAGGACACUCCUUGUUAGGCUUCCAAAACUGCGCCUCAAUUUCAGUCUUGCAGAGGGCAGUGAGUCAUUAGAGUCCAACGAUUACCGCUCCAUGGUGGUCGAUGCCGACCAAUCCAUAGGAACACUUGUCGGACUACAGAGCAAGCUUGUUCUCAAGCAUUCGACAACGGACGACCGCAUGGUACUUAUUCCCGAGACGGCAGUGGUCGGCUACCAUCAGACAAGCGUUCAUGUCUCCGUUGCUGUCCCCACAGAGUCAAUUGGCGACAGCAAGGUCCACGAUCUGCGUGUUGAUCCUCAGCUCGGCCGGCUGCUUGACAAUGGCGAGCUUGGCUGCAAGUUGUUCCUAGCCUAUCUCCAUGCUCUCACGUCUUUUUGUCUGCCCGACCCUCUUACGCACCAGACCGGCACUGAGCAAGCCCUUACCAUUUUGAAAUCUGCAGCCGUCCACUCCUUUGGCCAGCUUUCUCAGGAGCAUGUGGACAUGUUGGUCAAGAUACGCAAUCUCACCCCGAGCCGCCACUAUUAUCCUCACUACCUGCGUGUCAUGCAAACCGUCGAUUGGGACAGCAAUAUCAGUUUCUUGUCUCAACACGGACAUUUCUUCGCAGAGGUCAAGACCUUGCUAGAAAAGGCCGCACAGUCAAUUAUUCUCUUCCCGGAAGUUGUACUUGAACUCCCUUCUAUGGAGGUCACUGACGAAGGGCUUCUCCGGAGAGACAACAUUCGGUCUUCUACUUUCAGGGUGUCGGGCUUCGGAGCAGAGGACCACACAGUUCACAGUGAUCAGUUUUACGCCGCCCGCGAUAACAAUUUUGGAUCGAAACGCGCCACAAAUGCUUUCACUAUGGCUGUUCUCACCUCACGAGACGGCGUUGGGCUCUCGUAUCCAGCCCCGGGGGCGGGUAGCCUUUGGCAGACGAUGCUCGCCGUCAACAAAGUCCACGGAUCUCAGAAGGACGUCAAAUGGUCGGAUUUGAAUCACACAAGUAUUUUGAAUGAGAAUCAGGGGUCAGAGUACGUCAUACAACAUAUGCUCGCAUUGCAUAGGUGCCUUUCGACCUCCACAGCUUCACAACAGUACAAGUUCUCAAUCACGAUGUGGCUUUCAACACUUGCCUCUCAGGAAGAUGCAAAUUUGCCAAUGUUGCAGGCCGUUGCCAUGUUUCUCAAGUCUACGGCAGUGGCACAAAUCUCCGCACCAGAGUGCGACUAUUUUCAACCAAAAGCUGGUUAUGCUUGCUCGAAAGACGCAUUGUCUGAUGCGAUUAAGGAGUUCAGUCUUCCUAUUACCUCAUGCCCCGAGCAGCACCUAGAAAGGUUGAGAAACGAGGGAGAAUUCGAAUAUAACAAUCGGCGCAACAGAGAAUGGCGGCGCGCACGCAACUAUCAAGUUGCGAGCUGCGUGGACGCCCUCGUUGCUCAAUGGCCCUGCGAAGCUCCCACCAAUCCUUCCCUUCCAAGUCUCUCAACGUACGUCAACGUCCAUGAUGCCAUGCAACGCGUUAGCUCCUUUUUCAAGAAGUGGUAUGACAACAGGCUGCUUCGUAACUUCUUGGAAUCUAUCGAGGAGACAAUGUCGAGCCUUGACUCUGAGCCAGUUCACAUGGUCGCCUUGACCAUGAGCGCCCCUGCAUUGAGGCCUGGGGUUCUUGGAUUUGUGUCUGAGAACAGCGUCUUUUCCCAUCCCGCACCGGAGCUUCCGGACGACUGCCCAACUCUCGAUCACCAUCCAGACUACUCGACUCAGGACCAGGGACCUCGUGAGCCGCGACGUCUUGGAUUUGUCAUCAAGGGUUUGGAAGACCGGGUCGGUCGUUCAAGGUACAAGUCCCAGUACGUGGCAGACCUUCGCGAGAGUCUAGACGCACUUGAAUCACAAAAUUGUGAUGGAAUGUCAUCUUUCAACGUGACCGCUGACGAACUCUCGUCUUACUUGAAGUCGUGCACCGACUAUGUGAAGGAGGUGUAUGAUAUGCUCGAGGCUGCCUUGGCCCUGUCACCAAGCUUGGCUGGCAUUCAUUCCACCUACCAGCGACCUCGGAUAUCACAAACUUUCUUUUUGAAGCAGCUUUCCCACGACAGACGACACCGCCUUAGUGAUGAUUGGAAGUCGUGCAUCGAUCAAUACGCACUAGCGCUUGCUGCAAUGCAGCGGGCGGAACGACUCACAAAACUGACCGAAAAGCAAGACCUCAUCAAUGAGUUGCGAAAUCCUGGUCACCGAGACUGGAAGCCUGAAGAACAUCCGGAAUCACUGCUGAUGGAAGUGGAGAGCGGCUUCCUCAUUCGGCCGGUCCAAAGGCAGGUUGCCGAGCAAAUGCAGAACCCACCGCACGAAGACAACGCAGUGAUGCAGCUCAAUAUGGGCGAAGGCAAAUCCAGUGUGAUUGUUCCCAUCGUUGCGGCCGCUCUAGCCGAUGGUAAGCAGCUGGUCAGGGUCGUUGUAGCUAAGCCUCAGUCGAAACAGAUGGCGCAGAUGCUGAUCUCAAAGCUUGGUGGACUGCUGGACCGACGAGUCUACUACAUGCCUAUCUCACGCUCCCUCAAACUGGACACCACAGCUGCUCACCAAAUUUCUCGCAUGUUGCAUGAAUGCAUGUCGUCAGGCGGCGUGCUUUUGAUACAGCCCGAGAAUAUUCUGUCUUUUCAGCUCAUGGCACUGGAAUGCUACAUCCUAGGGAGGGAAGAAGUUGGGCGCGAGCUCAUGUCAACGCUGGACUUUCUGGAGCAAAAUGCACGCGACAUUGUGGACGAGAGUGACGAGAACUUCAACGUACGAUUUGAGCUCAUUUACACCAUGGGGACGCAGCGUCCUAUCGAGCUUUUCCCGGAUCGCUGGCUGGUGGUGCAGAAAGUGCUGGGUCUUGUGAGACUGAUGGCGCCCCGAGUAGCGAAGGCUUUUCCAUCUUCGGUCGACUACCAACGGGGUGUCAAGGGGUGCUUUUCUAAGUUUCGAAUCCUCCGCCAAAACGCGGCAGACCUUCUCAACCAGCUCCUUGCUGACUUCGAGCUCACUGCGGCUGAGGUCGAUGCCGUCGAGAAGUCCCUGUUUUGGACUGACACGACAGGUCCCCUCCUCCUCCUGCUUCGUGGCAUUAUCGCAUGUGGUGUCCUAGAAUUUCUUGCGGUGCCAUACCUCGCAAAGGAUAAUCCCUCACUUCGAUCUGAAUUCAGCCAUCCAGACGUUGUCAUUACUCUGACGUCCCUUUCCUACUACUACGGCGGACUCUCCAACGAGAGCCUUUUCACCGCGAUGGAGUGUCUUGUGGGUUCAGACCAGGCUGACGCAGAGUAUCAGGCCUGGGUCGGAGAUGCUAACAGGCUGCCUGACGAGUUCAAGCAACUUCAAGGCAUCAACCUGCAGGAUCGCCCUCUUUGCAUAUCGAAGUUGUUUCCACCGCUCCGCUUCGCCAAGAGUGUGAUAGACUUUUUCCUCGCACACAUCGUCUUUCCCAAACAGAUGAAGGAGUUCCCACACAAGCUCUCGGCCUCCGGAUGGGAUAUUGGGAAGCGCAAGGGCCGGCCCCUGACGGGGUUCUCCGGCACGAAUGACUCUCGUUGGGUGCUGCCAACUGAUGUCCACCAUCUUGACCACCCCGAGCAGAAACACACCAACGCAUUGGUUCUGGAAUACAUGUUACAACCUGAAAACGGUGUUGUGCUAAUAGAGCCGGCCUGGCCAGGUACUUCGGAUGCGGAGCACUUACUGGCAACUGUUCUGCACCUUGCUCCAGCGGCACAGGUCAUUCUGGACGUAGGUGCCCAGAUAAUCGAGCUCAUCAACAUCAAGGUGGCCGAGACUUGGUUGAAGGAGCACAACUUGACAAAGGAGGCGGCCGUGUUUGUGAACGAGGACGACGAGCUGUGCGUCAUUGACCGGGCAGGCAGAGUAGACUUGCUCCGUGCCUCAUCAUUUUUCACCCGCAUGGACGCCUGCCUUGUCUUCCUUGACGAGGCUCACACUCGUGGGAUUGAUCUGCGUCUACCAACAAAGUACAGGGCUGCAGUUACUCUUGGUGCCGGCCUCACAAAGGACCGACUCGCGCAGGCUUGCAUGCGAAUGCGCAAGCUUGGAAAAGGGCAGAGUGUUGUCUUUUGCAUCUCUCGGGAAAUCCAAGAAAAGAUCAUGCAGUCUAAAAAGGACGCGGGACCCGUCCUCCGGAGCUCGAGUAUCAAGCUCAUAGACGUAAUUCUUUGGGCAAUCUCCGAGACGCAUGUGGACCUCCAUCACAACCUUCCGCUCUGGGCAGUCCAGGGCGCGCGGUUCGUCCGUCAGCAAAAGCUAUGGGAGCAGGUCCGCCACAAUGGCCGCACGUCACUGUCCAAGCAUCACGCCGAGAAGUUCCAAGAAAAGGAGGCACAGUCUCUUGAUGAUCGCUUUCGCCCGCGCCAGGGUGAAGGCCAGUCUCUUUCUUUGGGUGAUGCCUCAGAUGUCGAUGUCCAACGCAUAGUCGAACGUUGUCAGGAAUUCGACGAACUGCAGUGCAAUUCCAGCACGCUCCAGGAGGAACAAGAGCGCGAGCUGUCGCCGGAGGUUGAGCAAGAGCGACAGGUUCAGAGGGCACCCCCUGCUGAGCCUUUGCUGCACAGUCUACACCAGGACGUCCAGGACUUUGCCCUUAGGGGUGUGUUCAGGGCCGACUCCACGGCAUACAUGCCGGCGUUCGAGGCAUUGAAAGACUGCAGUGCCGCAAAGGAAUAUCCAGUCUGUCAGCUGACAGGCAGCGACAGGUUCCUUGUUACCGCCGACUUCGCCAGGACCAUCGUGCCCACUGGUCAUGCCUCGUUUCUUUCCGAUGUUUUCCAGCGUCCCGUGCAGUGGGUUCUCACAAGCCGGGAGAAGGGAACCGCUACCAUUGAUCGGAUGCUCAUCGUGAGUCCGUAUGAGGCGAAUAAGCUCUACAAGCCGAUGGCGAGUUCCACUGCAGCCACAUUGCAUCUCUUCAAGCCUCGCAGCAAUUCGGGGUACGCCUCGCUCGAUGGGCUAGAUUUCCACACCGUCACUGCCCAGGCCGGACGCUCCAUCGUGCCCCGCAGUCUCGCAGUGCAGCUUGCCCUCUUCUCGGGACAGCUUUACAUCAGCUCUUUCGAGGAUUAUAAGGAGAUCUGCAACUUUCUGGGACUCUCUGCCAAGAAGGUCACACAACGGAUGACUGACCAAGGUUGGAAGCUCAGCCCUGAGGGCUUCAUUCUGAGCGAUGACCAGGGCCGGGCCGGGGGUGCAUCAGGACUGACCGAGAGCCCUGUCGGCUUUUUUCACACCCUCAUGUCCAAAAUCAGGCGGAAUGGGGAUGGUAUCGACAAGACGGACAUGGGCGGCUUGCUGGUGGGCAGAACGUUCCAGGAAUCCGACUUUGAGGAGCAAAACGACUGA